AUGCUGGGUGCCGGCGAAGGUGUCUUUCUUUCUGUCACAACUAGUGAGGCUGUGCUGGGCAUUUUAGGGAAUUCACUGGUUGCACUUGUGAACUGCAUGGACUGUACCAAGAACAAGAAGAUCUCUAAGAUUGCCUUCAUUCUCACUGGCUUGGCGAUUUCCAGAAUUUGCCUCCUGUGGAUGUUAAUCACAGAAGCAUACGUUAAGAUAUUCUCUCCACAAUUGCUGUCCCCUAAGAGUGUGAUUGAAUACCUCAGUUACCUAUGGAUAGUUAUCAGUCAAGCAAGUGUCUGGUUUGCCACCAGCCUCAGUAUCCUCUAUUUCCUGAAGAUAGUAAAUUUUUCCCACCACAUAUUUUUCUGGCUAAAAAGAAGAAUUAACAUAAUUUUUCUCUUCCUGAUAGGGUGUUUGCUCAUGUCAUGGUUAUUUUCUUACCUGGUAGUUGUGAGGAUGGUUAAAGAUAAUAAAAUGUUAUAUAUAAAUACAUCAUGGCAGAUCCGCAUGAAGAGAAGUGAGUUACUCAUUAACUAUGCUUUCACCAAUGCGGGAGUAUUUGUAUUCUUUAUGAUAAUGUUAAUUGUAUGUUUUCUGUUAAUCAUUUCUCUUUGGAGACACAGGAGGCAGAUGCAAUGGAAUAAAUCAGGACUCAGAGACAUCCGCACAGAAGUUCAUGUGAAAGCAAUAAAAUUUUUGUUAUCUUUUAUUAACCUUUUCAUAUUGCAUGUCAUAGGUAUGGCCAUCAGUGCAAUAGGUCUGUUAAUUCCAGAAAGCAACCUGUUAUUCAUGUGUGGUUUGACAACUGCAUUCCUCUAUCCCUGCUGUCACUCAUUUAUCAUAAUUCUAGCAAGCAGUCAGCUGAAGCAAGGUUCUAUAAGGAUAUUACAGCAAUUAAAAUGCUCUGAGAAAGGAAAAGAUCACAGAGUCACAUGA